AUGUGGGCUCUCUCUUUAUUAAUCAAUCACCCAGAUGUCCUAAAAAAGGCCCAGCGCGAGUUAGACAUCGAUGUUGGUAAGGAAAGACAAGUACAUGAAUAUGAUAUGAGUAACCUGUUUUACCUUAAAGCCACCAUCAAGGAAACGCUGCAAUUAUACCCUAUUGGACCACUUUCUGUGCCGCACCAGUCCAUGGAGGACUGCAUUGUAGCUGGCUACCAUAUUCCGGCAGGCACAAGACUCCUCGUUAAUCUUACCAAGAUUCAUCAUGAUCCAAGGGUGUGGUCUAACCCUUCUGAGUUCCAACCAGAAAGGUUUCUUACAAUUCACAAAGAUUAUGAUGUUAGGGGCCAAAACUUUGAGUUUAUACCAUUUAGCAAUGGAAGAAGGAUGUGCCCUGGUGUCUCUUUUGUGCUUCAGGUUUUGCAAUUAACUCUUGCUACGUUGCUACAUGGGUUUGAUAUUGAAAACCCAACUAGCGAGACACUUGAUAAGAGUGAGAGCAUUGGCACUUGA